UUUACUAGAAAGCGGUUACAGAAAAAGAAGAUUUAAGCUUAGAAAUUCUGAUUCUAUCACAUUUGACACGCACAAAUACACAGUUCCGUUGCAUACUUUUUAGUGACGAAAUGUCAGAGGAGAGCUCCAAGUUCGUCCAGCAUUGUAAGGACCCUAACGGCCUUGAUAAGAUCAUCUUGCGUGAAGUUCGCGGUUCCUCUGCUCAGGUCUACUUAUAUGGAGGCCAGGUCACUUCUUGGAAGAAUGAACAUGGUGAAGAUUUGCUUUUUGUUAGUAGCAAGGCUAUCUUUAAGCAUCCAAAGCCUAUUCGCGGAGGUAUUCAAAUCUGCUUUCCUCAAUUUGGUAGUGGUGCUCUUGAACGACAUGGAUUUGCUAGGAACAGCUUUUGGAAAAUUGAUAAAGAUCCCCCUCCAUUUCCGACAAUCACUUCCAAUAAGGCUUUCAUUGACUUAAUACUUAGACAUUCCGAAGAAGAAGUAAAGAUCUGGCCUCACAGAUAUGAGUUUCGCCUAAGGAUAACUCUGGGGCCUGGAGGAGAUUUGAUGUUAACCUCACGCAUUCGAAAUACGAACACUGAUGGGAAGCCAUUCACAUUUACAUUUGCCUACCACACUUAUCUUUCCGUUACCGAUAUCAGUGAAGUGCGUGUAGAAGGACUUGAAACGCUGGAUUAUUUGGAUAGCCUAAAAGAUCGUGAGCGAUUUACCGAACAAGGGGACGCAAUAACCUUUGAAUCAGAAGUAGAUAAAAUCUAUGUCAGCACACCUACUAAGAUUGCUAUUCUGGACCAUGAAAGGAAAAGAACAUUUGUGUUGCGGAAAGAUGGACUUCCUGAUGCUGUGGUCUGGAACCCAUGGGAUAAGAAAGCAAAGGCAAUUCCUGAUUUUGGCGAUGAUGACUACAAACAUAUGCUGUGUGUAGAUGCUGCUUGUGCAGAAAAGCCCAUUACUCUGAAACCUGGUGAAGAGUGGAAAGGAAGGCUGGAGUUAUCUGUUGUUCCCUCCAGUUACUGCAGUGGGCAGCUUGAUCCGCAAAGAGCACUGUGUAUUUAGAUGAUAGUUUUAUUCUGGUGCAUCGCUUUUACAGGUGCUUGUUUGGCAUUUGUGUAUUGGGUGCUACAGAUCAUUCUUUCUGAAAUUUUUGGCGGCAAGGUCAAGCAGGAAGUAAGAGAAGAUGCGCAGUGUAAAGAGAAGUAUAUGUCAUUUUCUUAAAGUGUAGGUUUUAUCAAAGUAAGGAGGAGCAAAAGUAGAACAUUGGUGGUUAUCUCCUCUAUUAUUGAUACAAAAACUUCCUCCUGUAA